AUGGAGAAGAACCCGUACACGAUGGCCAAGCUGGGGCUGGAGCUGAAGGAGAACCCCAAUAAGCGGGACUGCGGCUUCUACAUGAAAUAUUUAUUCCUCUUCCUCUCGCUCAUCCAGUUCCUCAUCAUCCUGGGUCUGGUGCUUUUCAUGGUGUACGGCACCUCGGAGGAGAGCACCAAGAAGCACCAGAAAGUCCUGCAGGACCAGCUCUCGCAAUGCAACCAGAAAGGCGAGGCCCUCGGGCGCGAGAUCGGAGACUUCAAGAGCCGGCUCAACGCCAGCCAGGUGGAGGCCCGGCUGAGCAAGACCCAGGCCACCAUGUACAACAGGACCUCAGUGAACAACUACAACGAGAAGGUGAAAUGCCAAGAGCUUCGGAAGCAAGACGCACUUGCCCAACAGAUGAGCCGGGAAUGCGCUUAUAACUUGUACCUUCUGAAUAUGACGACUCAAGUUCGAAUCGACUCUCUCCAAGAAAAGCUCGCAGCUCUGGAGUUGAGGAGCAAGCUGGAGCAAGAUGCCUUGUCCGGGGCCAAGAAAAACCUGGAGGACCUACUGGACCGGACCGAGAAGGAGAAGCGGACUUGCGAGGUUGACAGGCUGGGAGAACAGUCGCGGAUGCAGACCUACCAGAACCUGGGCUCCCAGGUCCUCUCCAAGCUGGACCCCGUCCCCGAGAACCUGAGGUCGUCCUUCGAGCAGGCCAUGGCACAGUUCACCUCCUGCUACCAGCUCAGCGGCACCCGGCAGGACUUCCGCCAGCUGACAGACACCAUGCGGGCCCAGUUCGAUGCGCUGGCCAGGCAGGUGGACCAGAAAGUGAGCAGCGUGGCCGAGGAGAACGGGCGGCUGCAAAGCCAGAAGGCCACCUGCGCCCACAGCCUGCAGGAGAAGGAGCGCCAAGCGGGCAAACAGAAACAGCAGUGCGAGAGGGAGAAGCAGCUGCUCCGGGACGCCCAGGACGCCGAGACCAAGAAGAUGUACGCGGAGAGGCAGCAGCUGGUCGGAGAGAAGGAGACCCUGCAGCUCCAACUGCAACAGAGCAAGACAGCGUGCCUGAAUCUCAGGCCAAUGUUCUUUCCAACAGGCUCAAGAAUUCAAGGAGAUCUCUUUGGGCGCUCAACGCUGCGCUCUCUCUGGUCCGUCAAUUCAGGGGAGCGACUCAAGGCCGACCACCCCUUCCAUGUCCUCUUUUGCUAG